UUUUCCAGAAUGGCCUCCGGAGGUCAGACCUUCACCUUCCCCGCUCAGAAGCAAGACAAACAACCCGGAAAGGAGCAUAUCAUGGAUCCCCUUCCUCAGGCCACCAGCGACGACUACAAACCCGCUAACAAGCUUCAAGGGAAGGUGGCGCUGGUAACCGGAGGCGACUCCGGCAUCGGACGUGCGGUGUGCCACUGCUUCGUGCAGGAGGGCGCCACGGUGGCGUUCACGUACCUGAAGUCGGAGGAGGACAAGGACGCGAACGACACGCUGGAGUUGCUGCGGAAGAGCAAGAGGGACGGCGCCAAGGAUCCAAUCGCUGUGCCGGCCGACCUCGGCUACGAGGAAAACUGCCGAAAGGUGGUGGAGGAAGUGGUCAACGCCUACGGCCGCAUCGACAUCCUGGUCAACAACGCCGCGGAGCAGUACGAGCGCCCCUGCAUCACGGAGAUCACCGAGGAGCAGCUCGAUCGGAUGUUCCGCACCAACAUCAUAUCUUUCUUCCUCGUCACAAAGUUCGCGUUGAAACACAUGAAGGAAGGUAGCUGUAUCAUCAACACGACGUCAGUGAACGCGUACAAGGGACACAAGCAGCUGCUGGACUACACGGCGACGAAGGGCGCGAUCGUGGCGUUCACCCGCGCGCUGGCGCUGCACCUUGCGGAGAAGGGGAUUCGGGUGAACGGAGUGGCACCGGGUCCGAUAUGGACGCCGCUCAUACCCUCGUCCAUGAAGGAGGAGGAGGUGGCCAACUUCGGGAAGGGAGUGCCGAUGGGCCGAGCGGCGCAGCCGAUCGAGGUUGCGCCGUCGUAUGUCUUCCUCGCGUCGACGCCGGAUGCUGCCUACAUCACUGGACAAGUCAUCCACCCCAACGGAGGCGUCAUAGUCAACGGUUAA